AUGGCCUGGAAAUUACCGACGGGUCUCAGCUCUCCAAAAAUCAAAGGUUUCACUCAGGAAUUGGACGAAACACUAGCAUACAAACACAUUGUUACCAAAAUUGCUGAAGAAAGAAACAGAUUUGCACACCAGCAAGGGGAACACCUAAACAGGGGGAAAAGGAAACUGCUGAAAUAUAGUGAUGUUACUCCUCAAGAAAUUUUAGCUUUUAUUGGUUUAAUUAUUUCUAUGGGCAUAACUCGCUUAACAUUCAAUUUUUUCAAGAGAAAAAUUCCUAACUAUUGUCGCUUCUUUCAUUUCAAUGACAAUACUAAUAAUCUACCUAAAACUGAUCCUAAGCAUGAUAAACUAUUCAAAGUCAGACCUGUGCUUGAUCAUCUACUGACGGCUUUUACAGCUCACUAUAAGUCUUCUAGGGAACUUUCUAUUGAUGAGCAAAUGUUGGGAAUAAAGGGCAGAAUUUCUUUUAAGCAAUAUCUACCUAGCAAACCUACCAAGUGGGGAAUGAAACUUUGGGUUCUGGCAGAAGCCGUGACUGGAUACUGUUUAAAUUUUAGAAUAUACUCUGGUAAAGAUGGAUCUGCACCUUUCAAGGGCUUAGCUAGCACAGUUGUAAUGACUCUGAUGGAAAAGUAUCUUGGAAGGGGACACUGUCUUUUUACUGAUAACUUUUAUACUUCCCCAACUCUGUUUGAUAAGUUGCUUUCACUUGGUACUUAUGCUUGUGGCACUUGUAGGAAGGACAGGGCCCACUUUCCAGACAUGUUUCAAGGUAAGUUAAAAAGGGAAGAGUCACAAUUUUUCAACUGUGGCUCAAUGACAGCUGUGAAGCGGACUGAUAAAAGAGAUAUUUAUGCUCUUUCUACAAUGCAUAAUGCUACAGUAAAGGAAGUGACAGGAAGACAUGGUGACAUGAUUAGCAAGCCACAGCUAAUCUUGGAUUACAACAAGUAUAUGGGAGGGGUUGAUCUUAAUGAUCAAUUUCUUAGCUAUUAUUCCAUUCCACGUAAAACUGUCAAAUGGUAUAAGAAGCUUUUCUUUAGACUUGUUGACCUGUCUAUUGUUAACUCUUUUAUUCUUUUCAAACAGGUGACUAAAAAUAGCAAAUACAAACAGAAGGACUUCCGUUUACAAUUAUUGGAUUCUCUCGUGAAACCUCUUGAAAGUAGAGGAGGGCCUUCUUGUUUGUCAAGUACCCAUUCAGCAGUUCAGGCAGAUGCACAAGAACGGCUCUUACCUGGGAAGCAUUUUCCAGCAUUUGCUGAAGAAAAAAAAAAGGUGCAGAUUGUGCCUACACACAGGUUUAAUUAA